AUGCUGUUGUCUUCCCUUCGGAUACUCGGCCAACGAGGCCCCUCCAUUGCCUCUCGUACUUUCAGCACCACUUCUGUGGCUUCGGCUGCCGAAGUCAAGUCGCUGGGUGUGAUUGGAGCUGGUCAGAUGGGACUGGGAAUUGCCCUGGUGGCUGCCCAGAAGGCCGGUGUCCCCGUGACAUUGAUCGACAACUCUCAAGCAUCAUUGGAUAAGGGUCUUAAAUUUGCUGAUAAGCUACUUGAAAAGGACGUCUCCAAAGAGCGUAUUACCCGGGAUGCAGCAGACAGCGCUCGUGCCCGCAUUUCUACCAGUCUGAAGAUGGACGACCUUUCUUCAGUGGAUUUUGUCAUUGAGGCUGUCCCUGAAAUUCCUGACCUCAAAACCUCAAUAUUCUCCCAGUUGGCUCAAAUUGCCUCCAAGGAUGCCAUUCUCGCGACAAACACCUCGUCGAUUUCCAUCACUAAGAUUGCCGCUGCGACCACCAAGGACCCUACAGACCUGCAGGCCUCUUCGCGUGUUAUCUCGACGCACUUCAUGAACCCAGUUCCGAUUCAGAAGGGUGUUGAGAUCAUCUCCGGUCUGCAGACUUCGCAGGAGACGCUCAGCACAGCCGUCGAAUUUGUGAAGCGCAUGGGCAAGGUCGCGUCUGUCUCGGCUGAUGCUCCCGGUUUCCUCGCCAACCGUAUUUUGAUGCCUUAUAUCAACGAGGCUAUCAUCUGCCUAGAGACUGGUGUCGGUGGCCGCGAAGACAUUGACAGCAUUAUGAAGAACGGAACCAACGUCCCCAUGGGUCCAUUGACGCUAGCGGACUUCAUUGGUCUUGACACGUGCUUGGCCAUCAUGAAUGUCCUGCACCAGGAGAUUGGUGACAGCAAGUACAGGCCAUCCGGUCUGUUGCGGAGGAUGGUCAAUGCCGGUUGGUUGGGUAAGAAGUCUGGAAAGGGCUUCUAUGAGUACUAA